AUGGCCAACCCAGGAGCCUCAACUGGCUCGAACAACGCCUUUGUUGUUCUUCAAACUCUUUACUCCCAAUACCAAAAGUCUACUCCGAGUCGUCUGAAGCUGGUCGACGCAUAUUUGUUCUAUAUCUUGAUCACUGGAAUUGCUCAGUUUGUCUACGGAGUUGUAUUUGGCACCUUCCCCUUCAACGCCUUUUUGGGAGGUUUUAUUUCCACCGUCGCUUCUUUUGUUUUGGCUGGUAUGUUUUCAUUUCUUGUUUAAACUUUUUCUUAUAGCCUGUCUUCGAAUCCAAGUCAAUCCGGAGAAUCAGCAUGAGUUUAGCCAAGUUGGCGUCGAAAGAGCUUUUGGCGACUUCAUCUUCGCCCAUAUUAUUCUUCACCUUGUUGUUGUCAAUUUCCUGGGAUAA